AUGGUUGAAGAUUCUGGUGUCAAUGCAAAAUUAAAGAGCGAUAGAAAUGAGGAUGAUACAGCACAGACAUCACCAGACUCUUCACUGAAUAUCUCAUCCAUUGAUUUGAAUGAAGAAGCAAGCAGCAAUGUAGAUGAGGAAACCAGUAGUGAGGUUCCUGACUUGAGUCUUGUGGAUUGCGAGAAAUCAAGCGAAGGAAACUCAGAAAAUUAUUGUACAUCUGUCGAACGAAAUGAGAAAAAGGUUCGUCAAUAUAAUCGAUCUAAACUGCCGAGGCUCAGAUGGACACCUGAUCUCCAUCUCUCUUUUGUGCAUGCAAUUGAAAGAUUAGGUGGUCAAGAAAGAGCAACUCCAAAACUGGUGCUCCAAUUAAUGAACGUUCGAGGACUAAGCAUUGCUCAUGUAAAAAGUCACUUGCAGAUGUAUCGUAGCAAGAAACUCGAUGAAUCUGGACAAGGUAACUCUAACUUUCUUCACUUAAUAGGUCUAGCUAAAAGAGGGAUGCAAGGAAAAGGUCCCUUUUCAGGGCGAAUGGACCAAAUGUGUAGCCCUGUUGACCAGUUCAGAUACCAGAAUGGUGCAAUUGUUGUAGCCUCCAACCCCAACGGGGGAAACAACAUUGUUAAUAUUCUUAAUAAUGCAUCACUCCAAUCUCCUUAUGAGGCUAAAUCUCUCUCUUCGAGAUUCCAGCAGUGGUCUUACUAUCAAGAUAGUAUGAUGAAAAGUCAAGGCAAGUCUUGCAAUUCAAGCAUAUUUCAUGCCAUGCAUGGAGCCACAAGAUAUGGUCCCAUUAGACCUAGCAGUUUUCUUGAAGAAAAAAGAUGGCCACCACGUGAAUUCAGUUCACAUCACUUGAAAGAGAAAAGGGUCGACCCUACAGCUAGCAAAUGGGCCAAUGCUCCUUUUCAACCACUCUAUAAUCAAUUUCAUCAACCGGAAAAUUCAGCCGGGGCAACCUACUUCAUGCAGCGAGCUAACUGGAAUCGUAGGGAUAGCUUGACAGCUGAAAGGGUUGAAACGAACGGAAAUAAUCCUGCCAACAUCGUGAAAAUUGAGUCCCCGUACAGGCAUCAGAUGAUGAAUGAGCAUAAGAUCCUGGAUGGCAAAGAGUGGUUGCCUGAUUUACAACUCAGUUUAAGCCGAAGUCUUGGGAGCUACAAGGACAUGGCGCAAAAUAAGGGUGAAUCGGAUGUUAACACGAGGCUCUCUCUCUCUCUGAAACCUUGA